GAUACUUUGUGGGAUAUUGCAAUAGCUGAAGUGGAGAAAAGAGAAAACCCUGAAGGCGAUGGCGACGGAGUGGAAGUUUCAGAAAAAUCAAUGUUAUUUAUGGGAAACAAGAAUGGGGGAAAAACUACUAUAAUACUGAGAUGUCUUGACAGGGAAGAGAUUCCAAAACCAACAUUAGCCUUGGAAUAUACAUUUGGAAGAAGAGCAAAGAGACAUAAUGCACCUAAAGAUGUAGCUCAUUUUUGGGAACUAGGUGGUGGAACCUCAUUACUGGAACUGAUUCGAAUACCAAUCACUAGCAGCAACAUAAGGACAUUUGCUAUAGUUCUUGUAUUGGAUCUUUCCAAACCUAACGAACUCUGGACUACCAUGGAAAGUCUUCUGCAGGUCACCAGGAACCACGUGAACAAAAUUCUAACCAAACUGGAAAAGACAAAUCCUGACGUAGCUACUGAAAUUAAACAGAGGAUGUGGAACAAUCUACAGAAGGAUCAUCCAGAUUAUGAGUUAGUUGACCCUUUUCCAUUGCCUCUUGUGAUAAUUGGAAGCAAAUAUGAUAUCUUUCAUGAAUUUGACUCUGAAAUGAGGAAAAUAAUAAGCAAGACGCUUCGAUUUGUUUCACAUUAUUAUGGAGCAUCAUUAGUGUUUACCAGUAAAUCUGAGGCUCUCCUGCUGUUUUUUCUGCUGAAAGCCCGUGUUCUUAUUAAUAACUUUGCAUUUGGCUUUGAUAAAAGUAAGUCUGUAUCAGUGGAUCACAGCAGACCUCUGUUUAUACCAGCAGGCCUGGAUUCGCUGAACCAAAUAGGACCACCACCUGCUUCUGAUAGCGAUAUUGGAAAACUGCGUGCAAACACGCCUUUGGAACUGUGGAAAAAAGUAUUUGAGAAAACAUUUCCUCCCAAGAAUUCCUGUGAUUUACAAUAUACAAAGGACCCUGCUCAGGAUUUACAAUAUGCUGAGUAUGAAGUUGAUGUCAUGAGAGCUCAGAAAAACCAGGAACUUGACCAAUAUAAGAGAAAUGCCUCUAAAUCCUGGAAGGAAAUGGAUUUUGAUCUUGACUGAUUGAACUGCUAUAGCCGUCUUCAGUUUAACAUGCACAAAAUCAUUUUUUUAAACAUUGUAUUAGCAGUUUAAUUUGAUGCAGUUAAAAAUGUACAGUAUCAAACUAUAAAUUUAACAAUAUUUAUUAAGCAUUCUUAUUAUUAUAUUAUUAAGACAUCUGUUUAUUAGUUCAAUCCAAAUUAAAGUAUAGCUUGGUAGUGACACAUAGUUUAAAAAAAAUGGGAGGAGAGGAGAUUUCCAUAUUUUUCAGAGAUGCGUUUGAGUAUGAAGACUGGCAUUAGUCGUUCCUACCUAUUUUAUAACAAAUUAUGCUAUUCAAUUUUGAAUGAUUCUACCUUAAAUAUGUGUUUAAAUGUAAACAAGCUUUCACAGGCAAAGAAUGAAACUCCAUACUAAAGUGUGCUAGGCAUCUUUUCUGAGGUCCUUGCAUAUAUAAUUCAAAGGCAAAAUUUAACAUUAUAUUUGGACCGUAGUUUGAUAUAUUUAAAUAUGAUACUUUCACAAAAGCUGACAGAAUAAAAUAAAUUUAAAUCAA